UCAAGAUAACCCACCCGUAUCCUUAAACCCUGUUUGUUCAUCACUUCGAUUCCGCAUUUCCUCAGCCAAACCCCUAAUUUCCGAUUCUUCAAAUCCAUCUCUACCGCUGCAAAUUACUGCUUUUUUCCGAUAAAAUCUAGGAUUUCUUCGGCAAUGAGACACUAUUUCACCCGCUUCCUUUCCCAAUCCCUCACCCGCCGCCCCAAAUCCAUCACACCCAGUCCCCGAAUUGCAACCCCGCUGAAAAGCCCUAAUCUGAUUCGACGAUUCUCGGACACAGCUCAGGAGUCGAAGCCUGCCCCAUCACAACCAGUAGAUGAAAUCGUUGACGAGCUUUCUGGUCUCACACUGCUCGAGAUAGCUGACCUUGCCGAGGUUCUGAGGCAGAAAUUGGGGAUUGAGGAAAUGCCGAUAAUGGCGGUUAUGAUGCCCGGGAUGGGAUUCGGACCGGGAAUGGCGGGGGGCAAGGGGAAAGGCGGUGGAGGCGCGGCCAAGGAGGAGGAGAAGAAGGAGAAGACGUCGUUUGAUUUGAAGCUAGAGGGUGGUUUCGAUGCGGGUUCGAAGAUUAAGAUUAUUAAGGAAGUUAGGGCGUGUACGGAUCUGGGGUUGAAGGAGGCCAAGGAUUUGGUGGAGAAAGCGCCUACGUUGCUGAAGAAAGGCGUGACGAAGGAUGAGGCGGAGAAGAUUAUCGGGAAGAUGAAGGAGAUUGGGGCUAAAGUGACCAUGGAGUGAGCCAUUUUUGCUGCAACAGCAAUGCCGGCUUUUAUCCACGUACACAAGCGACUUGAUGAGCAAAGAGAGGAACCAGACUGAUUUUCUGGUGAUUCAGUGACUUGGGCAGAAAACCUGGUUGCAGCAUCAUACUUGAACGGUCCCAAAAAUUUGUGUGGUUAUUAUUAGUGUAGAAUUGCUUUGGAUUUACAUUUUAAAAUGUUACUCCCUC